AUGCGCAUUGGUGCCUCUCUCCCACUUGAACCCCAGAGCAAUUUACAAACCAAGGGAAGAUGGGCAUUCAUCUUCCUAAAGGUUUCAGGCCAUAGGACUUACAAUCCUACACCGUAUAUCAUCUUGGAUUAUGAUCAAGGUGCAGUGAACCUUCAGAAUAAAAAUAAAAAAGAAAUGAAGAAGAAAACAGAAGAUAAACAUAAAGGCUGUGCAAGCAGUUAUGCCAGCCAUUCUCGUGCUGCCAAGAGAUGCUUUAGCUCAUAUUCACCCUCCCGGGGCAUCGCCCUAGAGCGAGCCGAGGGGCUGCAGGGGGACGUCUCGGCCGCCCUGCGCAUCGUCAUCUCCAGCGUCUACUCGGUGGUGUGCGCCGUGGGGCUGGUGGGCAACCUGCUGGUGCUCUACCUCAUGAAGAGCAAGCAGGGCUGGAAGAAAUCCUCCAUUAACCUCUUCGUGACCAGCCUGGCGCUGACCGACUUCCAGUUCGUGCUGACGCUGCCCUUCUGGGCGGUGGAGAACGCCCUGGACUUCACCUGGCUCUUCGGCAAGGCCAUGUGCAAGAUCGUCUGCUAUGUGACCACCAUGAACAUGUACGCCAGCGUCUUCUUCCUCACCGCCAUGAGCGUGGUCCGCUACCACUUGGUGGCCUCCGCCCUGAGCAGCCAACGGCGCGGCCCAGGGUGCUGCUCGGCCAAAUGGCUGUGCCUCCUCAUCUGGGGGGCUGCCAUGCUGGCCGCCCUGCCUCACGCUUUCUUCUCCACCACUGCCACUGUCUUCAACGAGGAGCUCUGCCUUGUCAAGUUCCCCGAGGGCCGUGGCAACAGCACCCAGUUCUGGCUAGGCCUCUACCAGGCCCAGAAGGUGCUGCUAGGUUUUGUGGUGCCGUUGGCGGUCAUCAGCCUCUGUUACCUGCUGCUGCUGCGCUUCCUGGAUGAGCGCCACGCGGGCCGGGCCUGUGGCGGGCCCAAGCGGCGGGCCAAGGUGACUCGCUCGGUGACAGUGGUGGUGCUCUCCUUCUUCCUCUGCUGGCUUCCCAACCAGGCGAUCACCGCCUGGAGUGUCCUCAUCAAGUUCAACGUGGUGCACUUCAGCCCACAGUACUUCUUCUCGCAGGCCUACCUCUUCCCCAUCAGCGUGUGCCUGGCGCACUGCAACACCUGCCUCAAUCCUCUGCUCUACUGCCUGCUCCGCCGCGAGUUCCGUGCCGCCCUACGCCGCCUGCUUUGGCGCCUGGCCUCGCCCUCGCUCACCGCCACACGGCCCUUCACUGCCACCACCAAGCCCGAGCCCGAGGAGCCAGCACUACGCACCCUGGUGCCCGCCGUCACCCCUCCCCAGCCUGACCUCCUCUACUACCCACCCGGCGUGGUGGUGUGCAGCAGCCGCUGGGACAUGCUGCCCAGCAGCUCUGCUGAACAGCGCUGUUGAGCUGAUGGGGGUUUUUGGGGGCAACGGAGGGGGUGUCUGUGAGGGAUGUGCUCUUAGGAUCCUCCUAGCCCAGGGACAGUGGGUGUCCAUGUGAGACAGACUCAGGAGUGUCCCAGCAGUGAAUGGUGGUGUGCCUGUGGAGGAUGGUUUCAGGAGAGGAGUUGGGGGAUGGGCUCCAGGGAGUGUCCUAUGAUGGAGGGUGUCUCUAGGGGGAGUAACUCUGGGGAUUAUCCCAGCAGUGGGGAGUGGACUCCUGGGACUGUCCUGGCCUUGAGAGUGAUGGAGGUCAAGGGUGUUUGUAAGGGUUUGCCUCUGGGGACCACCCCAGCAGUGGGUGGAGUGGGGGAGGGGCGUCUGUGGAGGUUGGACUCCUGGGUCUGCCCCAGGCUAGCUGUGGAGUAGUGGAAGGGGUAUCUGUGGGGCAGUGUUCUUUCCUCUAGGGAAAGGGGAUGGCAAUGGGGGAGACUGAGGCUCCAUAUGGCCAGGCUACUGUAUGUGGAGAGGCUGAGGGGACUACAUGGGGAGCAAGGAUUCCUUGGAAGUGGAAGAUGCUUGCAGACUUUGUAUGAGGAGGUGGAAAGAGGUAUGUGAGAAGCAAGUCAGGACUUUCCACUUCCCACUAGAGCCCAGAUUGGGAGGGCCUGGCUUUGUUCUCCCCCAGCACUGAGCUGGGGAACCAAGCACGACUCACUGUAAAUACAACUGCAUGCUUGGCUCUAGCACAGCUCCUUUGAGAACGCUGUUCAUGGAGCAUUCACUGCAGCACUUCACCCUCUGUUAGCCUGUUUCAAAGUGAAAUGAUUCACACCGAUAAACAAAAACUAGAGUAACUGAUAUUUGGGAUCUGAGUGCUGCUGAGAAGGGGAAGGGGCUUUUUUCCCCCUAGUUCAUUAUUUGUAAUUAUAAACUUUGCACUAGUUGUGAAAUGUUAUGUCCUACCAUCAGCUAUUGUUGUCAAUCAUUUGUGGUCAGAGGGUACUGUAUCUGUAACGGAUCAUUGUCUAGAAGGAAUCAAGCCACUGCAUUGCCAGUUUUAAGGACAGGCUAUUCAAAGCCCUAUGCCAAAAGGCACCAGGGGGACCAUCUAGUCUGAUAUCCCAUAGAGCACCAACCACAGAACUUCCACAAAAUCAUUCCCUAAAGCACAUCUUUUAGAGCAACAUCCAGUCCUGAUGUAAAGAUUGUUACUGAUGAAGAAUCAGCCAUGAGUCCUAGUGAGUGGCUAAUUAACCUCAGUGUUAAAAAUUUACACCAUAUUUCCAGUCUGUAUUUGCCUAGCUUAAAAAUUUCCAGUCCUUGGACUGUGUUAUAACUGAGCUGGAUUAAACAAUGAGGAGUCCUGUGACACCUUAGGGUACAUCUACACUGCUUGGCUAUUUCAAAAUAAGCUAUUCCGGAGUAGUUUUUUUGAAAUAGCUUAUUUCAAAAUAACACAUCUACACUGUAGGGAUGCCUCAAAAUUAGUGGUUCUCAACCUUUCCAAACUACUGUUCACUUUUCAGGAGUCAGAUCUGUCUCAUGUAUUCAGGUUUCACCUCACUUAAAAACCACUUGCUUAGACAAGCAGAUAUAAAAGUGUCACAGUACACUAAUAGUGAACAAUUGCUGACUUUUUAUCAUAGAAUUAUAAAAUUCAUCAAUUGGAAUAUAAAUAUUGUACUUACAUUUCAGUGUACAGCAAUAUAGAGCAGUAUAAACAAAUCAUGGUUUUAGAUUUUAGUGACUUCACAAGUGCUUUUUAUGUAACCUAUUAUAAAACUAGGCAAAUAUCUAGAUGAAUUGAUGUAUCCCCUAGAAAACCUCGGCAUACCUCAAAGUAUGAGGCAUAUUUUCUCACCCUUUAAUCAAUCUAUGUGCUUCUCUGAAUCCUCUCCUAUUUACCAGACCCCUCACAGCAUUCUAGCAGUAGUUACACCAGUGCCAAAUACAGUGGCAACAUAGCCUGUCUGCAACUACUUGAGAUUCUGCUGUUUAUUCAUCACAGGAUUGCAUUAGCUCUUUUGUCCACAGCACCGCACUGGGAGAUAAUGGUCACCUGAUCAUCCACCCUGACCCCAAAAUUUUCAGAGUCACUGCUGACCAGGAUAGAUUCCACCAUCCUGUAAGUAUGGCUUGCAUCCUAGAUGUAUAUACAUUUACACUUCCCCAUAUUCAACCAUGUUGCUUACACCAUGUUAACGAAACAAUCCUGACCACUCUGUAGCAGUGACCUGUCCUCUUCAUUAGUGACCCCCUUGCCAUAUUUUGUGUCCUCUACAAAUUUUAUCAGUGAUGAUUUUGUUUUCUUCCUUGUAGUUUAUAUAAAUGGUUGGACCUCCCUGGUCCAGCAUCCACGGAACCUGACUGGCCCUGGAUGAGAGAUUUUGAUAGACCAGGGGAGGUCAUUUCUGGUCCCACUGUUGCUGGCCCCAUCUGGCUUGCCAGCUCCUGUCCCUUACCCACAGUUCAGCUGAGCAGCGUGCUGAGCUUUCCAGUUCCUGGCCCUCCCCUGGCCCAGCCCAGCUGAGCCAUGCACCAGCCUUCCCUGCUUCCAUCCAGCUCCCUCCCCAGGCAGCUUCCCAACUUCCCUCCUCCUGGGCAAUCCAGCUGAGUCACGCAAUGGGCUCGUGCUCUCCCCCCCCCCACCCUUGCAUUGUGAAGGGCUCCUGCCCACCACAGCAAGCCAGGUCUCUCUGAUCCCGGAACAUCUGUGGUCAUGCUGGACCACGGAUGUUGCCAGACUAGAGUCCCAGUUUAUAGAGGUGCAACCUGUAGUAUAGAGCUAAGAAAAGAUAUUCAGUUAGCUAGACAAGCUCUAUUUUCCAUAAACCCCUGUUGAUUUGCAUUAAUUACUUUAUCCUCCUUUCAUUUGUUAUUAAUCAAGUCUGCUACCAGCUGCCCCUUAUCUUAACCAGGAUCAAUAUCAGGCUGACCGGCCUAUAAUUACAUGGGUUAACCCAUUUACCAUUUUUUAAAAUUGGCACAUUACCUUUCCUGUAGUCUUCUAGAAUUUCCCUAGGGCUCCAAGAGUUACUGAAAAAUCAACAUUAGUGAUACAGCAAGCUCAUCAGACAGAGCUUUUAAAACUUUUGGGUGCAAGUUUUCUGGACCUGCUGACUUAAAACAUUUACUUCUAAUAGUAUGGAAUUGAGUGUUAUCAUAAAAUGAGACAUUUGUUUUCUCCCAAAUGCAGACAAAUAUGAAUAUAGAGGUCCUUGGCAGAAUUUCCAUGUGUCUGUUUUUGUUCAUAUCUGC